AUGGCGACGGCAAACUCUUCAACUAACGGCGGCCAUUCGGCUAAAAGUUUCGGCUUCAUUGGGCUCGGUAUUAUGGGAUGGGGCAUGGCAAAGAAUCUGAGGGCCAAGAUCCCAGUCGACUCAGUGCUGCAUGUCUGCGAAGUGAAUACGACUCGACGCGACGAGUUUGUGACUUCAACGACGGGCAAGAUUCAAGUCGCAGACAGUCCACGUGAGAUAGCGGAGAGAAGUGAUAUAAUCAUCACCAUGCUGCCUCGUGGCACGCAUGUUCACGAGGUCUUCACCAGCCCACAGAAUGGCCUCCUGUCAAUCUCCGUGGCUGGCUCGGCAAAGCAAGCCACCAAGAUCUUCAUUGACUGCUCAACCAUCGAUGUCAAGACUUCACAAGAAGUUGCCGCAGCCGUGGAGGCCUCUGGCUUAGGAUCCUUUGUAGAUGCUCCUGUCUCGGGAGGUCAAGGAGGUGCCAAUGCAGGUACCUUGACCUUCAUGGUGGGAGGCAGGCCCGAAACGUUUGAGGCAGUCAAACCCACCCUUGAGCUCAUGGGCAAGUCGGAAAAUCUCUUCCAUUGUGGCAAGGCUGGUGCGGGAUUAGUAACCAAGCUCAUCAACAAUUACCUCUCAGCCGUCAACAUGAUGGGGGUUUGUGAAGGCAUGAACAUGGGUCGGCUUUAUGGUCUGGACCCUGUAGUACUUGCCAGCGCUAUCAACAGCUCCACAGGCAUGUCGCGCAAUAGUCGAGAGCAGAACCCAGUCAAGGGCGUUUCGCCUGUAGCUUCUUCGGCUAAAGACUUUGAGGGGGGGUUCUCAACUGAGCUCUGCCAUGGCGUCCUCCAGAUGGGAAUGGAACUAGGCGAACAGCUCGGAGCUAAGAGUGUACUGGCAUCUGUUGUCCGAGACUUGUAUGGCUGCGCUGUUCAGAGUGACAAGUGCCGUGGAAAGGAUUUCAGGAGUAUCUACCGCCUGUUUACGGAGGACGACGGUAAUGAGCUGCCGCAUUGA